AUGGGCAAACAAAUGCCAGCCAAAAAGCAGGUGGUUAGCAAUGAGGAUAGCGAGAUCAAAGCUGACCAAGUGGAGUGCUCCAGGUGCAAAACCUGGUACUCCACACAAACCCUUGGAAUUGACCACUGGUCUAACUCGAAAAUAAGGCAAUCAUACAUCGCCUGUAGAAAGUGCAUACUGGCUCUUAGAGAUGAAAACAGCAAGCUUAAGAAAAGAGUCUCAGAGUUGGAAGAGAUCAUUAAUAAAGCUAAUCAGGCUGAGACAGCAAACAUGCCUGGCCCUUCCACUGCCAAUAAGGCUGAACUAAAAGCUGAAAUAGAUGAGGGCAAUAUCAAUGAAGUGUUCCAGAGGCUGAUGAAAAUGAAAGUCGAAUAUAUGAGAAAACGUGAGAAAAGAGUGAGCUAUAUUGACCCUGACAGCAUGAAGGAACUCAUGUACAGAGUAGACGGAGUGCACCUGGAUAAUGAGGGAGCAGAAGUGUUUGGACAAAAGUUGAAAGAAACUGAGAAGAAAGAUUCAUGCCUGACGUCCAAGCAACAAAUUGAUAGACUUCUCCGACCUGGAGCCUCGUACGCCAACCUCAACCCUUUUCAAGUGCUACAAAUUGAGCCUACCAAAUCGCUGCCAGAAAUUAAAAAGAAAUAUAAAAGGUUGUCCAUCUUGGUGCAUCCUGACAAGAAUCAAGAUGACAGUGAAAGAGCUCAGAGAGCUUUUGACGAGCUGACCAAGGCAUAUAAGGUGCUGGAAAACGAAGAUGCCCGACAAAAAUGCCUGGAUGUUGUUGAAGAAGCACAAGAAAUUGUUAAUCUGAGGAUUGAGGAGCGUCGGCGUCAGCUGAAGAAGGAAAAGAAGCCCCCACACGUGGAGGAAGAUGACCCCGAGGUGAUGAAGCGCUCCGUGUAUGUGCAGACAAUGAAGCUUUUUGCUGACAUGGAGCGCAAACGUCGUCAGCUCGACCAGCGCGCCAUGGAGGAGAGGAAAAGGCAGCGCGAACUCGAGAUCGAGGAAGAAGAAGCCAAGAAACACAACAAGGAGUGGCAGAAAAACUUUGAUGAAUCUCGUGAAUCCAGAGUGAACAGCUGGAAGGACUUCCAGAAAGGCAAAUCUUCCAAAAAAUUCAAGAGUUUUAAGCCCCCCAAGCACAAGGCGGAGAGCAGAUAGCUGAUGUUGUCGUCACUUGCUAUCAUUAAGCCCAAAUCUCAAAUAAUAUAGUCCCUGCAAAUGUUCUGCGCACUGCCGUACGAGGAUCGAACAUCGCUACCACAAAUAUUUACGUCAUUGAAUGAAUUUAUAUCUGCGGCGUUUUUGUUUCAUGAAAUCUAUAUCUCGUGUGCCAAAUAUAGUAGUUGAUUGCCUUGUGGCCUAAUCAAACUCGGCAUUUAAAAUAUUUUACGUUUCAGCAAGAUGAAAACAAAUGGCACCUUCGCAAGCAUUCAAGGUGGAGUUAUGGGCGAUAUUAUCGUCUGUUGCGGGAGGCCUUGUGUUUCUUUUUUUAUGGCUCCCUGCCACGCCAACUCGGUAUUGUUUAAUUUACUUCGAGUUGAUGGUGUGUGAAGAUUAAUAUUAUUGACAUAUGACGCGAACGAGUUUAGUUCUGUACACCUUGUGUGUAACAUGUGCUAGGGUAUGUUUAGUUAGGCGGUAUGUUUAGUUAGGCGCAUGUACCGUGAGACUUAGUGCUAUUAUUUUACAGUCAUGUGCACUCUUAGUUUCCAAUUGCUCUCUCAUUUAUUUUCUGACUCGCAUUCUUUCAAGUGCAGGUGAAGAACAGAACAUAAUUCCGCAAUUUAGCUGCGGGUUUUGAUUGAAUAAAUCCAUUUCGACAUUAUUAUCAGAAUAAGUUUGUUAAUUGUCCAUUGAAUUGAUUUGAUUGUAUGAAUUGCAGCACGCGGAGCUUGAUAUGGCUGUUGAUGGUCGGCCUUCGAUAGUACUAAUGCGGAAGACUUUAACGUAGAAGUAAAGUCACGAUGGUUUAUUCUUAUUAAAUUUCCAUUUCCCUACGUAUCUGGUCUAUUUCAUAGAUUAUUCAGGUUAAGUUUGAAUAAGAACUUGUAGCUUCUUGGGUCUACGAUAAACACCAGUGCAUUUCAGACUUUUCCAAAGAACUUAAAAACAUUGUACCUUGUUUCUGCUCACCCGGCCGACACGUGGCUCUGAAUAUUUAACGUGUAUGGAAUCAACAUUAAUUUCACGUUUCAAAGUCAUCAGCCUGAUGCGAACUAAAAACCAGGGUUGGAAUGAAAACAGUUGUGUACAAAUUUGAUUUAUUGCUAAUAUCACGUAGGUUCAAAGCCAGGUUUAAAUACAAAACUUGUAUUUUGUAAUUUUCUUCAUGAAAAGAGGUCCUACUUUAACGAGGGUCUCUCAGCAAUGGUACAGAAUUAUCAUCAGA